AUGGCUGUCGACGUCUUUGCGGUUCCCGUCUUCCUCGUCAUCUUCCGAGAGACUCUCGAGACUGUCAUCAUCGUCUCGGUCUUGCUUGCUUUCCUCAAGCAGACUCUUGAUGGUCCCAAUGGCGAUAUCAAGGUGUACAAGCAGCUUAGACGCCAGGUCUGGCUCGGUACCGGUAUAGGCUUCUUCAUCUGCAUGAUCGUUGCCGCCGCCCUCAUCGGCGUCUUCUACACCGUUGGCAGCAACUCGUGGGCCAAGAACGAGUACUAUUACGAGGGUGCCUUUUCCCUCUUCGCCGCCAUCAUCAUCUCCAUCAUGGGUGCUGCUCUGCUUCGUGUGGGUAAGAUGCAGGCCAAGUGGCGCGUCAAGCUCGCCAAGGCCCUUGAGUCUCCCCUCAAGGCCGGUUCCAAGGGCUGGUUCAAGAAGUCGCUCGAGAAGUACGCCAUGUUCGUCCUUCCCUUCAUCACCGUCCUGCGUGAGGGUAUCGAGGCUGUCGUCUUCGUUGCUGGUGUGUCCUUCUCCGCCUCGGCCAAUGCUGACUGCUUCAGGGGUGGUUCGAGCACCAAGCUCCAGCUCUUCCUUGUCGCCUCGACCUGCCUUCUGUAUCUCGUCGGUGCUGGUCUCUUCUCUCGCUCCGUCUGGGCCUUCGAGUUGGCCAAGUGGAACGAGUACAUUGGCGGCGAGGCUGACGAGUUUGGCAAUGGCCCUGGCUCAUAUGAUAUUGACCAGAGCGUCUGGCACGUCAAUUGCUGUGCCUCUACCGAUACCAUCCAGAACGGCUGGAGCAUCUUCAACGCCAUCCUGGGCUGGACCAACUCGGCCACUUAUGGCUCCGUCAUCUCGUACAACCUGUACUGGAUCUGCGUCAUGAUCGGUUUCAUCAUCAUGCGGUUCCACGAGACCCACGGCCGAUGGCCCUUGAUGAAGGCCAAGGCCCCUGCUGCCGCUGUCAACGAUACCGAGAGCCAUGACAGCUCUACCGUUCCCAAGAACAUCCCCACCGAGAAGACCACCACCGUUGGAUCGGCGUAA